AUGUAUUUACUCGUAAUAUUUAUACCAUUAUUAUCAACUAUUGUUACUGGUUUUUUCGGAAAUUUAUUAACUAAAGAAGGUACCACUCGUAUUGCUAGUGGUUUUAUUUUAUUAACUUGUAUAAUCAGUUACUUUAUUUUUUAUGAAGUAUGUUUUUGUGACUGUCCUUGUUAUAUAACAUUAAGUCCUUGGAUUAUUGCAGGUUCUUUUAAAUUAUAUUGGGAUUUUAUAUUUGAUAGCUUAACUGCAACAAUGUUAGUAGUUGUUUUAACUAUUUCUACUGUUGUUCAUAUUUAUUCUAUAAGUUAUAUGUCUCAUGAUCCUCAUAUAAAUCGUUUUAUGUCUUAUUUAUCUUUAUUCACUUUCUUUAUGAUUGUCUUAGUUACAGCUAACAAUUAUAUUCAAAUGUUCGUAGGUUGGGAAGGUGUCGGUUUAUGUUCCUAUUUAUUAAUUAAUUUUUGGUAUACUAGAAUUCAAGCUAAUAAAGCUGCUAUUAAAGCUAUGUUAGUAAAUAGAGUAGGUGAUAUCAAUAUUAUUUUUGCUAUUGUAACUAUUUUCUAUGUUUUUAAAUCUGUAGAUUAUUCUACUGUAUUUGCUUUAGCUUAUAAUUUUGUAAACUCUACUAUUAAUAUAUUUAAUUAUGAUAUCAGUGUAUUAAAUUUAAUUUGUAUUUUCAUUUUUAUAGGUGCUGUUGGUAAAUCUGCUCAAGUUGGUUUACAUGUAUGGUUACCUGAUGCUAUGGAAGGUCCUACACCUGUUUCUGCAUUAAUUCAUGCUGCUACCAUGGUUACUGCUGGUGUUUUUGUUAUUUGUAGAAGCUCUUUUAUUUUUGAAUAUGCUCCUACUGCUUUAACUAUUGUUACAAUUGUUGGUGCUAUAACUGCUUUUUAUUCUGCUUCUAUAGGUUUAGUACAAAACGAUUUAAAAAAAGUUAUUGCAUAUUCUACUUGUAGCCAAUUAGGUUAUAUGGUUUUUGCUUGUGGUAUUUCUGGUUAUAAUGUAAGUAUGUAUCAUUUAGCAAAUCAUGCUUUCUUUAAAGCAUUAUUAUUCUUAAGUGCAGGUUCUGUUAUACAUUCUAUGCAUGAUGAACAAGAUAUGCGUAAAAUGGGUGGUUUAUUAAAAAUUUUACCAUUUACUUAUGCAAUGUUCUUAAUAGGUUCUUUUGCAUUAUUAGGUGUACCAUUCUUAUCUGGUUAUUAUUCUAAAGAUUUAAUCUUAGAAUUAUCUUUUGCAACUUAUUCUAUUUCUGGUCAUUUUGCUUAUAUUUUAGGUACAUUAGCUGCAUUCUUUACUGCUUUCUAUUCUGUAAGAUUACUUAUUUUAACUUUUAUAACUAAAACAAAUGCUUAUAAACAAAUAAUAAACAAAGCUCAUGAUGCUCCAUUAUUAUUAGGUUUACCAUUAUUUAUUUUAUCUAUAUUUAGUAUAUUUGUAGGUUAUUUCACAAAAGAUAUGGCUGUAGGUUUAGGUUCUACUUUCUGGGGUAAUGCUUUAAAUAUUACUUUUGAAAAUAAUAAUUUAAUCGAAGCUGAAUUCUUACCUUUUGUAAUUAAAAUUUUACCAAUUGUAUCUGCAACUCUUGGUUUAAUUUUAGCAUGUUAUAUUUAUACUUAUUUAACUAAAUAUUUAAAUAAUUUAAUAAAUAAUAAUUUAUUUAGAAAUAUUUAUUUAUUCUUAAAUAAAAAAUGGUUCCUUGAUAAAUUAUAUUCUGAAGUAAUUUAUCAAAAAAUAUUAUUUAUUAGUUAUAAUCCUUUAUAUGCUGUAUUUGAUAAAGGUAUUUACAACAUAUUAGGUCCUAGAGUUUUAAAUGAUAUCUUAGAAAAAUUAAGUAAAAAUACUGCAGAAAUACAAACUGGUUUCUUCUAUCAUUAUGCUUUAAUUUUUUUAGUAAGUUUAACAUUACUUAUAAUUUUAAGUAGUUUAGAUUUCUUUAAUUUAUUAAUUAUAUUAUUUGUAUUAUUCUUUUUUGUUUUUAAAAAUUAUAAUAAAAAAUAA